AUAACGGGGAAAAAGGCAUAUACUACAAGCCAGCAAAUUUAUCAAGCCAUUAAGUCAUUGUGGACAAAAAGCAGUGAAAAAGAAUCACUCCCCGAACCAAAGGAAGGAACUAAGGUAGGAAGGUCUGAUGAAAUACAUGCCAAAACUCCUGACUCGAAACAUUCAGUGUCUUUUCCAAAAGAACUUGCCUCUGCAACAAAGGUUAAAUCGGAAUCUACUGCAGGCACUACACAGUUUCUUCCUGACCCCAACCUCAUGGACCAUGGGCAGUCUCAUCCGGAAGAUAAAGAUAUGUACAGCACUAGAAGCUGAAAUGGACUACAGUGGGAGCCGGUGGAGAGGUCUGCAAGAUGUAUCAAGUGGGAAACAAUGGUGAAAGAUCAUGUAAUGGAUGGGUAACUGACAGCAUGACUCUACAUGUUCCCAUGUUUAAUUCCAAAUAAACAGUUUGGCCAAUGAUGCAAGUGGUUAAAACACAAAUUAAUGAAUACAAAACAAGUAAUAUUAAGAGAUUAAUGAGGCAACUGAAGUAGAAGUACUAGGAGUAUAUUUUAUGACUUGUAAGAGAAUUUAUUAGAAAGCAAAAUAAGGUGAAGAUAUGAACGUCAAUAAGACUAAAAUAUGCAAAUAUACAUAUGCAAAUAUACAUAUACAUAUUUAUACAUGUGAAUCUGCUUCAGUUUUCCCAGUUUAUUCUCAUUUAACUUAGAGUGGUAGAUAGAAGGAUGUGGUUUUCUUUUUCCCCAGAGCUGAAAUAAAAUAUCCAUAUUUUAUGGCACAUGAA